UCUGUUUGACCAAUUUAAACCUCAUCUGUCCUUCAAUUCAUCCGUCAAAUUAGUUGCUCCUUUUUCUUCCCGGGGAAAUACUACAGGGCAAGAACUUGAAAAUCUUCGGGACUCUAUCGAGAUUACAAGGCUUUACAAGUAUCAAAAUGCAAGGAAUAGCCCGUGCCAUCCGUUCUUGCCAGGAGACUCUCAAGAAUGCUAUUCUGAAAGAUUGGCACACGAGAGUAACAGCCAAUAAAGAUAGCAUCUUCUCUCGGUUUGGAUCUGUCUCCUCCUCUACAGAUUUCCGCGAAAAGGGUCUUGAAAAUGUGACGGUAGCUGAUGUCCUAGUGACAAAGGGUGAAGAAAAAACUGGGGCUUGGUUGUCAUGCCGGUCCAACGACACCGUUUACGAUGCGGUCAAGAAUAUGGCUCAGAACAAUAUCGGGUCAUUGGUUGUGUUAAAGCCAGGACAAGAACAACUGAUUGCAGGAAUCAUCACAGAAAGAGAUUAUUUGCAGAAGAUAAUUGCACAGGGAAGGUCCUCAAAGCAGACCAGAGUUGGGGAGAUCAUGACUGACGAGAAUAACUUGAUAACAGUUUCGUCGGAUACGAACAUCCUCAAAGCAAUGAAGCUUAUGACAGAGCACCACAUAAGACACGUUCCAGUUAUCGACGGAAAGAUAGUUGGCAUGAUCUCAAUUGUGGAUGUAGUACGAGCAGUGGUAGAGCAACAGAGCGGGGAAUUGAAGAGACUGAACGACUAUAUAAAAGGAGAAUACUAUUGAAUUAAAACAAUGAUAUGCUCAAUAGAGAA